UAAAAAAUCAGACUCAUAGCUAAUUACAUGAUAUUUUGUAAGGCUUGCUUCUCUGACCAGAUGAACACAGUAUUUAUUCUUAUCUACAUACAAGAUGUGUUUAUCUAUAUUUACUGCUUAUCUAUUAUUACAAUCCUAUAAUGAACGGGAUGUUCUACACGAGUGUUGUAUUGAUGAACAUAUCAGUUAAAAUGAGAACGUUCUCCGCAUUGCAGUGAAACAGUGACAAUGUGUGAUACAUUCAUCUUACGGCUAUUUCUACUCGCGCGAUAUAUAUUCGAUACUGAAUGCAUUAUAAAUCUCUGCCUUGCCGGACGACACGCUUCGAGCAUUUCGUAGUUUAUUUCAAACAAUCGUGUCUCAGUACGUCAACGUGUGAAAUAGAUACAACGAGAAAGGACAUAGGAAGAGAAAGUAAGCUGUUCGCGCAAGUAUAAGUGGAACUGUAAACUGGAAAGAUGGUUCUUUCGUGCAGUUUGAUUUCACGAAAUAUCGCGUUCGGGACUUUAAAUUACCAAAACUACUCGCGAUGCUUUUCUCUAUUACACACUAAACUUAGAGGGCGAUAUCAGCUUCGGAAGUUGAACAAUCAGACGAGGGCCGCUUCGCAAGUGACCAAAGCUGCUCACAUGUUCCAUCCAAGUGAUGUUCCCUUGUCGAACCAAACCAUCGGUGAAUUAUUAAGUGAAGCAGCUGCAACGUGGCCCGAGCGAGUUUGCGUCAUUUCGAAUCACCAAAAUGUCAGUUUAACAUUCUCCGAUCUUCGCCGACGAGUUGACACGCUGGCUGCAGGUUUGAAGAAGCUGGGCCUGAAGAAGGGCGAUCGGUUGGGCAUUUGGGGUCCGAAUGACAUCGAAUGGAUCAUAACUUCCUUGAGCGCAUCGAGAAUAGGAUUAAUCAACGUCAACAUUAAUCCGGCCUACCAGCAAAGUGAAUUAGAAUUCUGUUUGCGAAAGGUUGGCAUAAAAGCGAUCGUCUCGCCUGCUACGUUCAAAACGCAGAAUUAUCCAAAGAUGCUGCUCGCGGUCAAAGCAACGUGCCCUACUUUGGAACAUAUUAUUAUUUAUUCCCAGGAUCAUGUGACUGGUACGCGUCGUUUCGUCGAUGUCGAGGCUCUGGCAACGAGAACGGAAGUGGAUGCGAUUGCCGCCGAGCAGAGCGAGAUCUCCUGCGAUGACGAAUAUAAUAUACAGUUCACGUCCGGUUCGACUGGACAACCCAAAGCCUCGGUGCUCUCUCACAAGAACUUUGUAAAUAAUUCCAAAGAGGCCUUCCGAAGAGCGCAAAUAAGUACUGAAGACAAGAUAUGUCUAAAUGUACCAUUAUUCCAUGCAUUCGGUUUACUAAUGGGCCAAACACUCAGUCUUAACGCGGGCUGCACUAUUGUUAUAGAAGCGCCCUCCUACAAUCCGAUAAAAACCUUAGAAGCGAUAGCAAAGGAAAAGUGUUCCGCGAUGUACGGGACACCAACAAUGUGGGUAAACGUGAUCGAGACGCAGAAGCGUUUGCAGUUACCCACGAAUAGUCUUCGCUGGGGAUUUAUCGCUGGUGCAUCCAGUACGCCAGAACAUUUCAAGCAGAUACGGGACGUGCUUGGCUUCAAUAAUAUAAUGAGUUUGUAUGGCCUCACGGAGUCUACGGGUGUAGUAUUUCAAGGAUUGCUCCAUGACGAUCAUCAUCUCGUGGAUACUACUGUGGGUCAAUUGGCGAAGUGCAUCGAAGCGAUGGUCGUCGAUGAAAACGGCUUGCCCGUACCUUAUGGAACACCUGGCGAACUUUGGAUACGCGGAUACGCCAACAUGAAGCGUUACUGGAAUGACGAAGAAAAUACGAGAAAGAUGAUGACGCAGGAUGGUUGGUUGAAAACCGGCGAUCAGUUCAUAUUGCACGAGAACGGAUAUGGCGCCGUAGUCGGGAGACUCAAAGACAUGAUUAUUCGAGGAGGGGAAAAUAUCUUUCCUAAGGAAAUCGAGAAUUUGCUGAUGACUCAUCCGAAGAUACAGGAAGUGCAGGUCAUAGGAGCGUACGAUAAAGUUUUCGGAGAAGAGAUUUGCGCGUGUAUUCAGCUUUGCGAUGGCCAAGAGAUGACGGAGAAGGAGCUGAAGGAAUAUUGUAAAGGCAAAAUAGCGCAUUUCAAAAUACCGCGUUACGUAGCGUUUGUGGACAGUUAUCCCAAAACUGGCAGCGGAAAGAUUCAGAAAUUUCGUUUAAGGCAACAGAUGGAGAGGGACGGUGUGAUACCGGUUAAAUAA